UGGUGGGCAACUAAGCCAGACCCCACUGGGUAAGGCUGCUAUCGUUCGGGUUGGCCUGGCUCUAGCGUUUCCACGUGAGGCUUCAAAAUGGCGGAUGCUGAAGAUAGCACUCCAGCAAAAUCGCAUAGAAAAAGGCAAGCUGGUCCGAAGGCUGACCGAAAGAAAAACAGGAAACACUUACCAGAGGAUGCUAGUGCCCAAAGAAAUCCCAAGGCUUUCUCGUUUAAGUCGGCAGUCAAAGCAGCAAGGCAGUUUCGUCGAAAACAAGAUGUUGAAACCAAGCGACAUCAUGAACCAGUUGUCGAUCGAACACCGUUACAAGCUCCACCUUACAUCAUAGCAGUGGUGGGACCGCCUAAAGUGGGUAAAACCACGCUUAUCAAUUCAUUACUGAAGAACUUCACCCGUCAACAGUUGUCUGAUGUUAAAGGUCCUAUCACCAUUGUCUCAGGGAAGAAAAGACGACUUACUUUGCUUGAAUGUAACAAUGACAUUAACUCUAUGAUUGAUGUGGCUAAAGUUGCUGAUCUGGUUCUUCUGCUGAUUGAUGCUAGCUUUGGUUUUGAGAUGGAAAUUUUUGAAUUCCUGAAUAUCUGUCAAGUCCAUGGCUUUCCCAAGAUUAUGGGAGUCUUAACCCAUCUUGAUCUGUUGAAGAAUAAUAAAGCUCUGAAAAAGACCAAGAAAAAGCUUAAAACUAGGUUUUGGACUGAAGUUUAUCAGGGAGCAAAGCUGUUUUAUUUGUCUGGUCUGGUUUAUGGUUCUUAUCCCAAAGUGGAGAUUCAUAACUUGGGAAGAUUUAUUUCUGUAACAAAGUUCCGACCACUGACCUGGCGAGUUUCACAUCCUUACAUCUUAGCAGACAGAAUGGAGGAACUAACAGACCCAGAGCUCAUUCGUCAAAAUGCCAAGUGCGACAGGAAAGUUUCUUUAUAUGGCUAUGUAAGAGGAGCUCAUCUGCAACACAAUUCCAGAGUACAUAUCAUAGGUUGUGGAGACCACACUCUUGAAGAGAUAAGUCUUUUACCAGACCCCUGUCCUCUGCCAAAUGCAGAGAAGAAGAGGUCUCUGAAUGAGAAAGAACGUCUCAUGUAUGCACCUUUAUCUGGAGUUGGAGGAGUUGUUUAUGACAAGGAUGCUGUGUACAUUGACCUUGGUGGAAGUCAGGCAGCGCGAGAAAAAUCCCAGUCCUCCGCUCAGGUUGACAGUCAGCCAGGAAAUGAACUGGUGUCAUCUUUAAUUGGCGCAAAACAAACUAUUGACACUAAAAUGAUGACAAGCCAUCUCACAUUGUUUACGGAUGGUGCUCAAAUUGCUCCUGAUGAAGUUGUUGAGUGAGUACUAAUUGUGUCUAAAAUUAGAAUUAUAA